GAGCGGAGGAGGCGGUGGAGGAGGCGGGUCGCGUCCGGCGCCACGUCCGCAGCCAGAAGCCACCGUCGCCAACCUUGUCUUCUGGUUCCACAGCUAGAGGAGGCGUCUCCGGAGCCCGCAGCUGCCCGGGGCUGUGCCCGCCGCUCAGGCCGCCUCAGCCCUCCUAGGUGCUGCCCGCUCCUCCGCCCGGCCCCGGCGCCGGCCCCCGACCCGGCGGAGAUCAUGAAUCAGACAGAUAAAAAUCAACAAGAAAUCCCAUCAUACCUUAGUGAUGAACCACCAGAAGGUUCAAUGAAAGAUCACCCACAGCAGCAACCAGGCAUGCUGUCCCGUGUGACUGGGGGUAUCUUCAGUGUUACAAAGGGAGCUGUUGGUGCCACCAUUGGUGGUGUGGCUUGGAUUGGUGGAAAGAGUCUGGAGGUGACCAAAACAGCUGUUACAACUGUGCCUUCCAUGGGAAUCGGGCUGGUGAAAGGGGGCAUGUCUGCUGUGGCUGGAGGUGUUACAGCUGUUGGCUCUGCUGUUGUAAACAAAGUGCCCUUAACAGGAAAGAAGAAAGACAAAUCUGACUAAAAUACGGAGAUACACUUGCUCUCCACAGCAUUAUGAUGCCAGUGGCAUUGAAUUGCUAAAUUAUGGACUACAACCAAGUCACCUGUUUUGGACGUUUAUCUUCUAACUGCUGUGUUGAAAGUAUUGAUGACUGACUGGCUUUUGUCUAAAAAGAAGAGACCAAUACUAGCACAGUGUAUGAAGGUUUCUCAUACUUAAAUUCCAGCUUUUUAUCUGGUAAAAUGUUACACUUAUUCAGUUGUAACUGAAGAUAAGGUAUAUUUGAAUAUUUACUACAUAAGUCUUUCAGUUUAACUAAAAAUGUGAAAGUUGAAUUUAGUGGAUGAUCAUUACAGUUCCAUAUGUAUAAUGUGCCAGGUAACUCAUGUGCCCCUUAAGAAGGGAACCUUGACCUACAUAAACGUACCUUUGAUGUGCCUAA